GCGCCGGAAGCGCCGCGGGGCGGGGCGGGGGCGGCGCUGGGCCCAGGGCGGUGAUGGCGGCCCGGGGGCGCUGCCCGCGCCGCUGAGCGAGGCCGCCGGGGCCACCAUGGCAGAGCUGGCGGCGGCGGCGGACGGGCUGCCGCGGGGCCGCACGCCCAGCCCGGGGCCGGGGGGGGGCCCGGGGCCGCCCAGCCCGCGCUCGACCGCCGCGGCCGGCUCCGGCGGGGGCCUGUCGCCGCCCGGCGCGGCCCGGCCGCCCGCCGCCUCCAAGUGGGUGCGCCUCAACGUGGGCGGCACGUACUUCGUGAGCACCCGGCAGACGCUGUGCCGCGAGCCCAAGUCCUUCCUGUGCCGCCUCUGCUGCCAGGACGGGCCCGAGCUCGGCUCCGACAAGGAUGAGACAGGGGCAUAUCUCAUCGAUAGAGAUCCCACAUAUUUUGGUCCGAUACUGAACUACCUCCGACAUGGGAAACUUAUCAUAAACAAGGAGCUUGCAGAAGAAGGGGUACUGGAAGAAGCUGAGUUUUACAAUAUCGCAUCUCUUGUGCGGCUGGUGAAGGAGCGGAUACGAGAUAACGAGAACAGAACCUCUCAAGGACCUGUGAAGCACGUGUACAGAGUCCUGCAAUGCCAAGAGGAAGAGCUCACACAGAUGGUGUCCACUAUGUCCGAUGGGUGGAAAUUUGAACAGCUGAUCAGCAUUGGAUCUUCCUAUAACUAUGGAAACGAAGACCAGGCAGAAUUCCUCUGCGUUGUGUCCAGGGAGCUCAACAACUCUACCAAUGGCAUUGUCAUAGAGCCCAGUGAGAAGGCAAAGAUUCUUCAAGAGCGAGGAUCCCGGAUGUAAUUCAAGCAUCCACUCCGUUAAAACUCCCAGAUGUCAAAAGGGCAAUCUAGCUGGGCAGAGCAUCUCUCCGCAGUUCAACCUUGCCCUUGUACAGUAACCAAGCUAACGCAAAGCAAAGCCGAGCCUGUCCUGCCAACGGCAAAUAAUUCUGGUCAUAACCAAAGGCUUCCCUCUUACACCGGAAACCAAGGAAGGAAAAGACUUUUCCAGAUGGAUAGUCCUUUCCCUAAGUAUUUGUUUCAUUUUCUUGGCCAGCGCUGUAUUGAAUUUUUUCCAGCAAUGGCUGGGCCGGAUUCCCAGUCGGAGCCUUUGCGAAGGUUGCUCAGGUCCACAGGCCCUUGUAAUCAGUCCCGCCUUCCACAGGCUGGUGUAGGUGGAAAGAUCAUCUGUAUUGGAGCUGUGCCAUUUCUUGCACCCAAGUCCGCCACCAGAAAGGUGCAAGGACCUUGCAAUGCUCCCCCUCCUGAUCAGCCAACCCCCACAAAUCAGAGGAACAGGGCUUUAAAAGGAGGAACAAAACAACCACUCGUAAAAAACCACAAACUUUUUCCAUUCUUGCUUUGUAUUUGUUCCUUGUCCAAUUCCUAAGAGCUGAGUUUAGAUACUAACCAAGGGAGGGGAGCUGUGUGUACGUCUAACAUGGGUCUUGCUGUUAACACUAUUACAUAUGGGCUCCUGGCAUUUUCCAAAGCCCAUCCCUUCUCAUGCAUAAACAAAGAGACCUGUGUUCAUCCAGAAUGGCUAUAGAGUAGUAGUCCUGUCCUUCACACUUCUCGAUUGAAGAGUGGUGACAUCUUCUUCCCCUCUGAUAUCUUGCCACGGCCAUAUCUUAGCCUGGUGCAAAGUCCCAAGGUUAGGGACUUGUUGCUGCCAAGUUCAGCUUUGCCUUUUUUGUCUCCAGCAGCGUGGGCUCUCUGUCUCCUUCCUCCUCACCAAGGGAGGACUUCAGGCAGGAUUUCUUUUGUACUGUAGCAAGUAGGUAGGUUUGUUUUAGCCCGUAUGAUUCUUUGCGGAGGAGAUCCCCUAUUUACAUGCAGCGAUUUAUCUGCAGCCCCCUCAUGUCCCCACCUUUAAGAGUUCACCUCAAAGUACAGAGGGGCUUCAGAGACUGGGGGAGGGGGGAUUGGUGAAAAGUUGCCAAACUGUUGUAAUGUUUCUUGUCCAAAGUGAUGUGUCAACUUCUGUGACUUUUCUUUCCUUUUAUUUUUUUGGAAUGCCUUGGAUGGGUGUGCAAAAUGUUCGUUUGUGCCUCUCUUGAAUUAUCUUAGCCAAACUGCAGUCACUGGUCCCCUCUGUUAAACUGUGCCAUCCCUAACCAGGGGCAUGUCCCUCCUAGUCUGGUGAAUGGAAUUUCUUAGGAAUUUGCUGCAUGUUUUUCCGCUUUCAUCCUGGCUUUGUUCUUUGUAGCCCAAGUGUCCUGGCACCUGGGUCUUUUGAGUCAAGUCCCAAACUGACAUUAAACGCAAAGCUUCAGAGAUGCUGGAAUUCUCAGACAUUGACAGGUUCAGAGCAGUUGUGUCUUAAUAAAGUAUCAGAAAAUUCCUCACCUGGACUGAGCAGUUUGGCUCCUUUCUGGAGGAAUUCAGCUGCCUGUGGUCUCCUUAAAGUUUUGAGAUAGAGAUAGGCAGGUUUCCCAUCUCAUCGCUUCUUUGCCGACAGAGCCACAGGGUAGCAGACUGUUAUCAAAGGUCUGACAGCCAGUGCAGCAAACAAGAUGUGCAGCAAAGGCACUGAGUGGCACUGCUACGCUCUCUGCCUCUUUUCAGUCCUUCUGUACUCCUGCCUGUCCUUUGCCAUGCUGCUUUGCCAACAUACCUCCUCCAGUGGAGGCUUUGCCUCGUUCUUCAGAAAGGGUGGUCAGUUAUCUGUGCUAGUUCAGUCCUGGUAACAGACUGUGCCAAAUGUCUUUGGAUUCACAUUGUGUCAGUCACAGGCUGUUGAAGCGCAGCUGGCUUGCCAUCCCGCUGAAGAACCCAGCUCUCCUCCUUCCCUCCAUCUUUCCUGUUUAUAAUGUGGUGAGAUGGUAUUGGUGUGAUUAGACCGUACGCCUUGGCUGGGCCUAAAUAACACUGUGAUGUGUAUAGCUCUCUCUCCUCUGUCAGUAUCUUGUAGCCUCAGUCAUUGUCCAUCUGUGCUCACAGCUGACAAAUAAGUGCAUGUAUGGAAGUUAGCAGCCUAAAAGCCCUCUAACACAUUCACAUUCAUCUCUCUUCUCUCCCUUCCUCAGGGAAGGGAGUUUCUGGGAACUGGUCAAGAAAUAUCAACCUAAAGGGAACAGGAACAGGUUGAGCUGUGUUUGUCACAUCAAUGCCAGCCAAGCACCUUGCUGCUCAAACCACAGAGCUCAUAGCAACACUAGCGGUCACGUAAAGGGAGACAGUUGGUCCAGUACAGCUCAAGCAGAUAAGAGUGAUACCUCGUUGCUUUUCUGUAUUACCAAAAAUCCCAUGCACAGUGAAGCCCACUGGAGGAAUGCCUGACGCAAGAGCAAUACCAUCACUCUCCCCUCUGAGCCACAGAGAGCCUAUUACCUUUACCAGUUGCGUGGAACAGCUAUUUUUAAACUCACAUGCACAAGAAAGGCUAUUGAAGUUACAGCUUGUUUUUCCCCUCCACACUGCUCUCUGCAGUAAGGACAUGCCAAGGGAUUUAAGUCUCCUUGGGUUCAAUUGCCUAGUCUUUACAUUCAACAGAACAAGUUACACGUUAAAAAAACCUGAUCUGAUAGUUACUGGAUGCUCUCAAGUUCUUGCGUGAUAUUUAGGACCAGGCACAAAGUCAUCCAAAGCAAGUACAUUCCCAGUGGAGGAUUUCUCCUCUUUCCUGACUGCGCUAGGUCACCUUUACCCUGAGACCAUGGACUGAUCUCAGCAUUAUGCACCGGCUGCAUCUCUUCUGCGUUCAAGACAGGGCUUUUCCUUCCAUUGCCUUUCACUCAGUCACAACUCUAUCAAACUAAAACCGAACUAAGUUAAAAUUUGUCCCAUUCACUCUAAAGAAGGUAGCAUGUUUUGGCAAGUAGGGUGGAUGAACAGGGGUAGGAGAUCUGCUGGAUAUCUAAGGGCACUUGCAUCUCUUGGAAAGGUUCACUUUAAAGCAUUAGUCCUGGGAACAGAGAGUAUGACUUUGUUUGUUUCCCAGUGGCCUAAAUUGUUCCAUUACAGCGAGACUGGAAAUAACCUCUUAAAGUGUCUUUGUUUCUGCACAUUUUUAAAAUCGAUCUUCUCAGGGGUGACUGAGUGGGCCGAGGCAAAGGGGGGCAUGGUUAGCUGCAGGGCGACGGGACGGAGCAGCUCCCCAGACCUGCAGCUGGGCCGUGGGCUCCUCCCCUCAGGUUUGCCUGCAAACCCGGAGGUUUUGUACAGUUUGUCACGUGUCAGUGCCCUUUGCUACUGUUUCUCUUUGUUUAUUAAAUGUGUUUGAAUAACAGUUGAGAUGCUGUGAUUAAUUUUUUUUCAAUAAAGAUUCUGAAAUAGGUUUGAA